CUCACCAGGGUGUGAUACAAGUCCAACCUCGGAGUUCCCCUGAUGCCAGAUAGUCGCUCUGGCUCGGAUUCGGUUGUCGUCGCCAUCACAACUGUUUGACCUCAUAUAAUCAAAGCUCAUCUGGAGUUUGGCUGAUCGGGAUCGAUUAAGAGUAGGUGGAAGUUUCAAUUUCUUUGUCGUCGGCGAAUCGGUGCUUAAAUGUCGGACUGACUUGCCUAGAUGUUGAUUGAGUUCUUUUCUCGUUCAUGCUGCGAGUUUCGUUACUAGUGUUUCAUCCUCCAAUGACGUUUAUCUCCAUAGGUGCUUGAAGGUGGUCCCGAUCCUCCUCUCAGCCGUAGGUAUGGCUUGAUUGCAUGCUUUUUCUGCAUGUCUUCUACAGAGUUUUAAUCAGUUUUGAAAUGAAUUCUUUUGCGCCCUGGUAAGGAAGGGGUAUGAGCAGUAUUUCGUGCAUAUUUCCUUGCGGUGAUAACAUUGAUGUAUCACUCCCUUAUUCCUUUUUGUAUCAUGAAUGAAUCCUGAUUUUCUUUUGGGUGCAACGAAGAGUAAGUACGAUGGUCCGCUGUUCCCGCAAGAAUCUUGAUGGUUGCUGAUCCUCCGUCUCCAGCUGCGUCCGUUCCAACUCGCUUGAGGAUCUAGCGACUUCUAAUGAUUGAAGCACACUUCACACUGCAGCGAAAGCGAUGUUUCUCCGUGUCGGCACUCCGCAGCAGAUCCUUUUUCAGGAUCAUGACCCGGUGGUAGAAACUCGCGUUGCUCCAUGGGCUAAGAGCAAUCCAGUCGUUGGUCCUGAUCUAAUUCCGAUUAGGGCUGGGGAACAUUUUGAGGACUACAAGGCGUACGAUCUGAGACGGAGGCAGUAUUUUGACCAGUUCUACCGUACUCCGACGUUGGCGCCGAAGGAGUAUGGCGCACGAGCACGAUGGGCAGCACAAAACCUCGUUCGCGGUGUUUACGAUAUUUACACGCGGGUGAAGCGGGAUGCCGAGUUUUUAGUUGGGGACAUUGUUCCACAGUUUGCGACGGGUCCAGACGGCUCACCAGGUUUGCUUCGCCAAGUGUUGUUGGAAACUUGCCGCCUCGGCGCGCCUGAGGAGCCUGGAGAGUACGCAUCGUUGGUAGCGCAGGAUGCUGCAUAUAGCAAAGUCGCUGGAGGUGCGUCGACCCGGAAAAAUGUUGGAGGAGGCAAUGCAGAAGACCAGCAGGAUACUGGGUCGGGGAGUGCAUUGAUGCAAAUGAUGUCCAGGGGCUUUGGAAGACAAGAUAGAAGUCAGACCGGUCAAGAGGGAGUCUUAUUGUCAUCGGAAGUCAAAGUGGUUGAUCCUUUGAAGUCACGGGCAGAAAACCUUCGUCGGCUGCGGGUGACGCGAAGUGUACGUCUUCUUCAGCGCUACAUGCGCAACUGGGACCCAGACGACGGUGAUUUGGAGGACCUGACUGCGUCCUUGAGAAAGCUGGACACACUUGACAUUCGCGCUAUUCAAGCGCUUCGAUUUCGUCCGCCAGAUGCCGAAGAGGUAGUGACAGCGCGACGGCGUGCGGCGAUGCGCAGGAUCCAUCCGGCAGCGGGUUUUACGUAUCCCCCACCGCGACCAGAUCAGGUUUUGGCACUGAAUCUUGGGCGAAAGCGCGAACGGGAGGCACUGUUUGAGAGCCGAGCAGAGGAUGUCUGGCGCAUAACCGAAAGCUUAGUAAAACGGCCAUACGAAGAUUCCUGUCGCGCGCCGGUUCUAGCUGUGUUCGACGAAGUGCAGACGCUGACGCGAGACAGCUUGCGGCUCUUGAAGCGUGUGCAGAACGCCUUCGACCAGGCAGAGUUGGCGCGCCACCAAGUUCUAGAUCUCCUGGGACUGCGUGUACCCGCGACUGGGAUUGAGCGCGCGGCCAGCGGAAAGGGCACCGCUUCUGCGACAUCCGGUGUGCUGGAUUCCAUCACCGGGCGAGCAUCAGCAUCGCCGAAUAACAACCGGAACUUUCCAGGCAACUACCUCUUUCCAGAUGCACUUGCUUCGGCGCAUGGAAAGCCUGGAAGCCCGCCAACUGCUGCGGGCUCUUCUGGUCGUGUAUCAACGGUGUCGCCCAGUGUUCCGCCUGCGGAUAUGGACAUCGAGUACUCAACAGAGGCGGUGGAUCCGUAUAGCGACACUGCGACAGAGCAGCGCGCGCACGACGACCCGUACGGCUUGGAUGCGCGGUAUUGGUACCCACUGGAUCCGAUGAACCUCGAACAGACACAGUCGGCGGAGCGCGUUCGCCUGGCAAGACUGCGAUACGACCAGGAGAAGGAGGUGCUUGAGGGCAAGAACAAGACGUCGCAACUCAAAGAGCCAGGUACUGUUAUUCAAAAUCGAUUUUUAGAUACAGAUAGAGUAUAUAUAAUUAUCAUUCUUCAUGGACAUGUUGAAUCAGUGCAUGUGAUGUUGUGUGUCAACACAGUAUUCUUUUCUAAUGAAUCCGGUUUCACAUUUUGGUCUCGUUCCCGUCGUGAGUGAAGCAAUGCUUUUCUUCAACUCACUUCUCUGAAGGUGUCGGCGAAGAAGACCCAGACAGCUUUGCAGCUGGCGCAGAUGGUUCGGAAGGCGUUUCGACGGCAGAUAAACCGGUUCCGCCGCCGGUCGACAGGACACCGACAAUGAUGGGCGUCGCGGAGAACAAUCCUGAUUCCUCAUCGCUCCUGCCGGACGAGGCUCCGGUUACUCUGCCUGUGGGUCCUAGCGCUAUCCCAGUGAUCACAGCGAGCUACGGUCCUGGGAAGACGCCAGGUGUCGUGCGUCCAGAAGCGAUCAGGAGAGGCAACGUGGAAGAACUUCUGAAGGAAGCAGGUGCAGCAGAUAACGGGGCUACGCAGUGGUGAGGACGAGUUUCUCGUCUUUGGUUUGGUGCUCGACUAACUUAAAGACGAGCGUGAACGCUCCCGGAAAAAAGAACGCGUCGCCUGCUCAGGUGUUGGUGUUCGUGUGAAGUCACCUGUUGCUUCACAUUGCGGGGACGGUUUGUCUUAUUAUCUGAAACACAGAAUCUAGCGUGUUGCAAUUUUCUUGUACAGACGAAGCAAGCUACUUGCAUGUACUCAAAUUUUCUGGAAAUCACACGGGUUUGGUCCCAGUCGUUGUAAACCGAGGAUGUACAGAUACUCGGGAUCGUUUCUUAUGAAAAUGACAAUUUUAUUUUUGUUAUAGAGACAGUACGGUUUGACAUCGUCAUGUCACUAAAACGCUUCUACCGUGGGUUUGAUCAUG